GUUCUCCCCCCCCCCCCCCACUGCAGGAUAUUGUGGAUAUUCUCCUUAAAGAUUUCACCUUUCACCCUCUUGUUGAGGUCACAUUCAACCUCGGUGGAAAAUGCCUGCUUGUAUUUACCCUAUCUAUACCCCUCAUAAUUUUGUACACCCCUAUCAAAUCUUUCCUCAGUCUUCUACAUUCCAGAGCAUAAAGUGCUAAUUUAUUCAACCUUUCCCUGUAAUUCAGGUCCUCAAGUCCCAGCAACAUCCUUGUAAAUUUUCUCUGGACUCUUUUCAAUCUUAUUGAUAGCUUUCUUGUGGGCAGUUGACCAGAUCUCCACAAAAUGCUCCAAAUUUGGCCUCACCAACGUCUUAUAGAACUUCAACAUAACAUCCCAAAUCCUGUACUUAAUACAUUGAUUUAUGAAAGCCAGUGUGCCAAAAGCUGUCUUAACAACCCUAUCUACCUGUGAUGCUACUUUCAAUGAAUUAUGGACCUGUAUUCCAUAUCCCUUUGUUCUACCACACUCCUCAGUGCCCUACCAUUCACUGUGCAAGUCCUACCCUCGUUUGUCAUCUCAACGUGUAGCACCUCACACUUGUCUGCAUUAAAUUCCAUCUGCUACUUUUCAGCCCAUGUUUCUAUCUGGUUUAGAUCCCACUGCAUAUAUUUUUAACCUAUUUCCCUGUAACCUGGUAAAGUUCUAUCAAAAUCCUUGUACGUUUUCCGACAGUGAUCAGUGGGUCUGCAGCCUAUGGGGGGGGGGGGGAGUGUAGGCCCUAGUGCAGUUAAGCAGGUGUAGGGGUGUAUUGGCUGGGAGCUCCCUGUGUGUUGUGCUGAAACACAAUGGAUUGCCCAGCGAGAGGUAGCUCCUCUGGUGCAGGGGCUUGUCGUGCCCAUUCGGGGCAGCUCACUCACCUUCGGACCCCAAAGGACACUCAGCUUUCCAGUAGCUGUCUGCAUGCGACGGUGACCACACCCUGGUAUACGGCUCCGAGAAACUAGGCCUCAUACCCCAGUGAGGUAGGGUCAUGCCUGUCCUAACAUGUAGUCAGCUCUGACUCACUGGGAGGAUGAGACCUAUGGUGGGAUUCAGCAGCCAGGAAGGCCAUUCUGCAACACGCUCCACGGAGAGCAAAGGCCAUGGCCGGGCAUGGAAGUAGUCACGGUCAGCCAGCACAACCAUGAAGACGCCAGUUGUGAUGACCACUCGUACCACUGCACCCAGAUUUCUGAGGUCGAGAGAGUGGAACUGCCCCAGUGCAAGGGCUUUUCCACUUUAAAAACUCUCCCACACAGGCCUCCUGUCAUCAUCGGACACGAUGGACAACUACCAGAUUGCACCCUCCUCGCUCCGGAUCUCGGUCCUGGUCAAGGUCUUGAAACCUUCCUCUCCACAUACUGCCCGACACGCUGUGUCCUUCUGUCCUUCUCCACAAGACGAUAAGAGGCAUAGACAGAGCAGAGAGCCAGACACUGCUCCCCUGGGUAGAAGUGGCUAAUAUGAGGGGGUAACAUUUUACAGAGUUUGGAGGGAAGUGUAGGGGGGAACGUCAGAGGUAAGUUUUUGCACGGAGUGGUGGCUGUGUGGAACGUCCUGAGGGUGGUGGUAGAGGCAGAUAUAUUGGGGGUGUUUAAUAGAUAGGUACAUGGAUGAAAGAAAAAUGGAAGGUUAAGUGGGAGGGAAGGGUUAGAUUGAUCAGAUUCAAAUUUAUUAUUUAUUAUUUAUUACAAGGAACGGCAAACAUUACAGCACAGUAUAGGCCCUUUGGCCCACAUUGCUGUGCUGACUUUAACCUAUCGUAAGAUCAACAUAGCCCCUCCCUCCAUUUUUCUAUCAUCCGUAUACAUGGAAACGUACAGUGAAACACGUCCUUCGUGUAACAACUAACGCAACCGAAGGUGCGCCUGGGGGCAGCCCACAAGUGUCGCUGUACAUUCCGGUGCCAACUUAUACAGUACUGUGCAAGAGUCUUAGGCGCAUGUGUGUGCUAGGGAGCUAACAACCUUACACAGCACUGUAGUAAUUUUCUGUAUUGCACAGUACUGCUGCCACAAAAAUAAACAACAAAUCUCAUAGCAUAUGUGAGUGAUGAUAAACCUGAUUCUGAUAUGAGUCUCUGUUGUGGACUGUGAGUGGGAAGGGGGCAUGGAGAGGGGAAUCACGGUUGGGAAAAGGGGAAGGGAGAAGGGAGAGAGCGGGAAGCACCAGAGACAUUCUGUAAUGAUCAAUAAACCAAUUGUUUGGAAUUGAAUUACCCUGCCCGGUAUCUCAGGUGUAUCUGCACCUGUGUCACCAGCAUCCCUGGCACCCACUCUCUGCCCCCUCUCCCACUUCCCUCCCAUGGCACUCCACCCUCGCCAUUCCCAACAUCCUUUGCUUCCGCCAGAUGUACAAAUUCGCUCUCCGCUCCCCAUGGACAAAUACAGUCCUGUGUUAGGCACUCUAGCGAUAUACCGUGCGCCUCAAACUUCUGCCCAGUACUGUAUGUCCAUGGCCUCAAUGAACUUAGAGCAGGUUAAAGGGUCAGCAAGCAUUGUGGGGCUGGGCUGGGGGGGGGGGGGGUGAAGUGCAGUGAAGGGCCUGUACUGUGUUUGUCCUGUUCUGUGUUUCUUUGUUUCCAUUUUCCCCAGCAGGGAUUUCUGUUCUGAGAUCCUGGGUGUUAAGUGUGUCCUGGGUUACUGGCUCCACCCAGAAGGGUUGUGCCUCUCCUGUGUCUCUGGUUACAGACUGACGCCCCUGGCCUGCCAAUCCAGGUGUCACUAUCUCUCCCAAGGCUGCAGGGAUGAUGGUUUGCCUGUGAUCUUCAAGGCAUUUACUGGGGAAAAAUAAAUAAAAUAACAUAUUAUGGAAAAAAACAGAUAUAAACGAAGAUUGACAAACUACCAAUGUGCAAAGGAUGACAAGCUAUACCAACAGAAUCCACACAGAGAACAUAACAAACGAGAAAAUCUGCAGAUGUUGGAAAUCCAAGCAACACACUCACAAUGCUGGAGGAACUCAGCAGAUGUACCGUUGAAAGUGUGCAUCACAGUCUGGUACGGCAAUUCGCAUGUGCAGGGACGUCAGAAGCUGCAGACAGUAAUGGACACAGCCCGAUACAUUACGGGGUCUCUGGUCCUGAUAUUCCUGGGACAAUUGGCGGCCUGCGCACCAGUUGAGAACUUCUGCGUGGGGAAAGAAGUUGGACUCCAUGCAGACCCCUUCGACUCUGCCAGCUUUUAUCACUGCCUGGAAAACUCCACCAUCUACAGCACCUGUCAGAAUAACCUGAUCUUCGACAUGGAGAGCCGUUGGUGUAUCAAACCACCAACUUCGCCACCACCGACUACAACAGUAACCACAGCAACGACCACCACCACACCCGUCACAGAUGCUCCGUCCUUUUGUAGUGGGAAACCAGACGGAUACUAUGCAGACCCAGAGGAUGUCACCAGGUUCUACCUCUGUUCCAAUGGAGAGAUGAAUCACUUCAAAUGUCCUGUGGGUUUGGUCUUCAGCACCAGGGUUGUUGCAUGUAUCUUUCUGAUCUCCACACCCCAGCCACCACAAACAACCCCAAAGACAACAACAAGAAGGCCACCAAUAACCACAAGGAAACCUACAACGACAACAGCGUGGAUUCCCACCACAAGAAGAAUUCCUUCAACAACACAGAAGAUUCCUACAACAAGAAAAACUACAACAACAGAAAUUCCCACCACCACCACCACAACAAAAGUUCCCACAACGACAACAACAACAGAAAUUCCCACCACCACAACCACAACAACAACAGAAGUUCCCACAACGACAACAACAACAGAAAUUCCCACCAGCACCACCACAACAAAAGUUCCCACAACGACAACAACAACAGAAAUUCCCACCACCACAACCACAACAAAAGUUCCCACAACGACAACAACAACAGAAAUUCCCACCACCACAACCACAACAACAACAGAAGUUCCCACAACGACAACAACAACAGAAAUUCCCACCACCACCACCACAACAACAACAGAAGUUCCCACAACAACAACAACAACAACAGAAAUUCCCACCACCACCACCACCACCACCACAACAACAACAACGGAAGUUCCAACAACAACAACAAUGGAAGUUCCUACAACUCCAGAAACUACACCAACAACAGAAGUUGCUACAACAAGGAAAACUACAACAACAAAAAUUCCAACCACCACAACAACAACAACGACAACAACAGAAGUUCCCACAACAACAACAACAACAACAACAGAAGUUGCUACAACAAGGAAAACUACAACAACAAUAAAAAUUCCAACCACCACAACAACAACAAUGACAACAACAGAAGUUCUCACAACAACAACAAAAGUUCCUGCUACAAGAAAAACUACAACAACAGAAAUUCCCAUUACCACCACCACAACAACAACAGAAAUUCCCACUACCACGACCACCACAACAACAACAGAAAUUCCCAGCACCACCACCGCAACAACAGAAAUUCCCACUACCACAACAACAGAAAUUCCCACUACCACCACAACAACAACAACAGAAUUUCCCACUACCACAACAACAACAGAAAUUCCCACCACCACCACAACAACAGAAAUUCCCACUACCACCACAACAACAACAGAAAUUCCCACCACCACAACAACAACAGAAAUUCCCACUACCACCACAACAACAACAGAAAUUCCCACCACCACCACAACAACAGAAAUUCCCACCACCACCACAACAACAACAGAAAUUCCCACUACCACAACAACAACAACAACAGAAAUUCCCACUACCACGACCACAACAACAACAGAAAUUCCCACUACCACGACCACCACAACAACAGAAAUUCCCACUACCACCACAACAACAACAGCAGAAAUUCCCACUACCACCACAACAACAACAGAAAUUCCCACUACCACCACAACAACAACAGAAAUUCCCACUACCACAACAACAACAACAACAGAAAUUCCCACUACCACGACCACAACAACAACAGAAAUUCCCACUACCACCACAACAACAACAGCAGAAAUUCCCACUACCACCACAACAACAACAGAAAUUCCCACUACCACCACAACAACAACAGAAAUUCCCACCACCACAACAACAACAGAAAUUCCCACUACCACCACCACAACAGAAAUUCCCACUACCACCACAACAACAACAGAAAUUCCCACUACCACCACCACAACAGAAAUUCCCACUACCACCACCACAACAGAAAUUCCCACUACCACCACAACAACAACAACAGAAAUUCCCACUACCACCACAACAAUGACAGAAAUUCCCACUACCACCACCACAACAAUGACAGAAAUUCCCACCACCACCACCACAACAAUGACAGAAAUUCCCACCACCACGACCACAACAACAGAAAUUCCCACUACCACGACCACCACAAAAACAGAAAUUCCCACUACCACCACCACAACAACAACAGAAAUUCCCACUACCACCACAACAACAGAAAUUCCCACCACCACCACAACAACAACAACAGAAAUUCCCACCACCACCACAACAACAGAAAUUCCCACCACCACCACAACAACAGAAAUUCCCACAACAACAACAACAACAGAAAUUCCCACCACCACCACAACAACAGAAAUUCCCACCACCACCACAACAACAGAAAUUCCCACCACCACCACAACAACAGAAAUUCCCACCACCACCACAACAACAACAACAACAGAAAUUCCCACCACCACCACAACAACAGAAAUUCCCACCACCACCACAACAACAGAAAUUCCCACCACCACCACAACAACAACAACAACAGAAAUUCCCACCACCACCACAACAACAGAAGUUGCUACAACAAGGAAAACUACAACAACAACAAAAAUUCCAACCACCACAACAACAACAACAGAAGUUCCCACAACGACAACAACAACAACGGAAGUUCCAAUAACAACAACAACAACAACGGAAGUUCCUACAACAACAACAACAACGGAAGUUCCUACAACUCUGGAAACAACAACAACAGAAGUUCCCACAACAGCAGAGCCUGUGUUGACAGUGAAGACCACCACCUCCACAAAGGAAGACACUUCAACCUCUGCAGGACCUCCUGAUGUCGAUCCCAACUUCUGCCUUGACAAAGGAACUGGCAUUUUUCCGGAUUCUCUGGACAUAUUUAGCUUUUAUCAGUGUUUUCAGGGGAAAACAUUUCAUUUACAGUGUCCCAAGACAUUGGUUUUCGAUCCAAGAAAAAGAAUAUGUGAUUGGCCAGUGAUUCCUGACAAAGAUACAUUUAAUGCAACGUUCUGCAGGGAUAGACCUGACGGGAACUAUCGCAACCCAUUGAAUGCCAACGUAUUCUACCAGUGUGCGUCAGGAAUAACUUUCCAACAGAAAUGCCAGACAGGUCUGGUUUUUGACGAAGAGACCAAUGCUUGUGUCUGGCCGUAUAGUACCCCGACAGCAACACUGCCACAGAUAUCGACGCUCAUGCCAGGAACGCCCACCAGGAGGCCGAACAUCUGCUGCGGGAAGGAAGACGGAUUAUACGCGGACCCGAAGGAUAAGUCAGCUUUCUACCAGUGUGCGGCAGAAGUGACCUUUUACAUGAUGUGCCAACCUGACCUUGUGUUCAACCCCAACCUGAAUGUGUGUGAAUAUCCCUCACGUGGCUAAGAAUAGCCAGAGAAACCAUGUUAGCCCCCUAGGACCGGUUAGUGCCCCAUGCUUUUUAUAAUCUAAUUGUGUAGCAGUAAGUAUAAUGAUUUACAACGCAGGCGACCUGGGCUCAAUUCCUGGGGCUGCCUACAUGGUCUCCCUGUGGGUUUCCUCCGGGUGCUCAGCUUCCUCUGCUGCAGGUACGAACCCUCGACAAUCAGCUCAGCACAGAGAGAAUCGGUAUUCAUGGGCUCAGUAAACAAGCAAUGCGUUCGAAUCCCUCGGCUGUCUGUAACCUGUUUGCGUGCGCUCCACGUGACCGGGUGGGUUUCCUUUGGGUGCUCCGGUUUCCUCCCACAGUCCAAGGAUGUACAGGUUAGUAGGUUAAUUGGUCACAUGAUUUUAAUUGGGUCGGAAGGUCCUGUUAGCAUGCUGUGUCUCCAAGAAUAAAAUAACAGAACUAGGUACCUGUGUGCAGUCAAAAAAUCGUAGGUUCAUCACAUGCUGUGUCACAUGACUGCUUCUGGCAAAUGUUUCUACAGAAGUGGUUUGCCAUUUCCUUCUCCUGGACAGUGUCUUUACAAGGCGGGUAGCCUCGGCCAUUAUCAAUACUCUUCAGAGAUUGCCUGCCUGCUGUCAGUGGUCACAUAACCUGUAAAUCCAAGGACCAUAACCAAUUCAAUGAAAGACAGGAUGAACAAACAACCAGUAUGCAAAAGACAGCAAACUGCAAAUUCAAAAGGGAAAUGAAAUAAUAAUAAAAAAUAAAUAAACAAUACAUGAGAUGAGUCCACAGGUUGUGGGAACAGUUCAGUGAUGGGGCAAGUGAAGUUGAGUGAAGUUAUCCCCUCUGAUUCAAGAGCCUGAUGGUUGAGGGGUAAUAACUGGUGGUGUGGGCCCUGAGGCUGCUGUACCUUCUUCCUGAUGACAGCAGUGAGAAGAGAGCUUUGUCUGGGUGGGUCCCCAUUGAUGGAUGCUGCUUUCCUGUGACACAAUAUGAGGUUAAAAAGUUGACACAUCAUGGGCUAUACUGUUCUAUAUUCUAUGUUCUCUUGCAGGGGUGACCAGUGCUUUGCAGUUGGCAAUUUGAUAGCCAAAGCCUAAUCCAGCCUCUAUCUUCUUCUGCAGUUUAUGGGGAAUUUGCUGCUAUUUCAUGUCCUGUAUGUUUCUUCACUGGCAGAGCAAGUCCCCUUGGCAAUAGGUCUUCUCCCUGGCGUCACUAUAAAUUUAUUCUGUAUCUAGCUGGGUCUGAACUUCGGGUGUCCUGAUCUAUUGGGUCUGAAAUGUGGAUCUUAUCUUGCCUUUCGAGGCCUCCACUUUGAACUGCGCUUCUGUUGCUAAACUUCCAACUGCCUCGUGCAGUAAAUCACACUGGGGCGGCGGUAACCAGCCACGGUCAAUGAAGGCGCGUCUCUGAUUACAAAAUUAAUUAAUCUGAUAAUUGU